AUGUCUCCCGACGAUGUCCCCGUCUCUCAACACAAACCAUCGUCAACAAGUUUCGCAGAUGUCUUCAAGAAUCUAGGUGUCGGUCGACCCAAAUCGCAUUCCCCAGUCUCUUUGCAGGAAAGCAGCAGCGAUUCGCCGUCUCAAGCCGACUGUCGCACAACCAACAGACUCAUAUACGGACUCGACUCAAUGCAUCGCGGUAGUGUGGUUUCGAGCUCUUCGGACAUUCCCGGGGCUCCGGACUUCGAUGCUUCUCUGCAAGCUUUGUCGCAAAGGCAGAACUUGACCCAGGCCAUCGAGGAGUCUGAGCUUCUUGCAAAAACACUCCAAUGGUUUAGCGCAGAACAGUCAGUGGUACUCUGGGAAGCUGCCGAGUACCUUUUGCACCAUGAGAGUUCUUUAGAUGCGCAGAGAAGCGGUGCUAAAUUACUAGAGGCAAUCGCAACUCGCCAAGAUCUCUCUCCGGCCGCGAGGCGCUUGGUCUUUGAAUCAAUAGCCUCCCCUACCGAACCUGACGUUGUUGCUUCGCGCGUACAGUCGCUCAUCUCCUUGUCGGACCAUGGCCGAAAAUUGGACUUUACUGGCUCCUCCAUCUUACAUAUCAUCUCGUCUUGGAUUCUUCCCCUAUAUGACACCAUCGCAACUGCACGAUCCAAAUCCAAAAAAGCGAAGCCAACGAAACAGCAUGGAAUGACUCACGACGAGGUUAUGCUUGGAGAUCUUUUCCAAUUUGCCGUGGACUUGAUUACAUUACAACGAAAACAACCGAGCCAGGAGGAAAUUGAACUGCUGCUAACAGAGACCUUCACAACAUGUAGAAGGACAAGCGUUGCAGCAGAUAUUAAAAACUCCUUGGCCGUUUUUGACGCUGUCAUUGUGUACGCUGAUGUGCCCGACGCAAGCUUUGCUACUCUCUUGGAAGUACUCUGCAGUAUUCAUGCAUCCGUCAAAUCUCUUUCUGGGCCCACUUCGCGAGCGGUUCGCAGCUUAGCGAAAUCUCGUCGGCAAGAGGAGAUGGUGGAUACACUGCAUGAGUUCUUGAGAGACUCGAGCUCUGCUGAACAAACUCGCAAUCUCAAUGUGCUCCGCGGAACACUCUAUGUGUUCUCAGAUUUCCUUCGUGCAUAUGGGCAAGAUGGAAUGCCGCAGAUUCCUUUCGAUCGGCUGAUAGAAUCCUUGCACUUCAUUGCCCAGAAAGAUGAUGGCCGAGUUGACGCUGACCUCCUGGAUUUGUGUCUGAACAUCCUCGAAGGAGAUUAUAUUCAUGUUGCCAUGGAACAAGAUUGGAAGUCGUUUGCUGAUCUUUUGAUACUCUGCUCUCGCAGAAUUGCUGAUGAUUCAGCUGGAUCUCCCACCCCCUCCGCCACUUCACAGCCCAAAAAUGCUUAUGAUGAAACAAAAUCUUACAUUUUGGCGAAUCUGAUCCACAUAUCUUCAGUCCUCGAGUCGAACUGGGGGCAGCUUAACAACGAGCAAAAACAGCAUACGGUUAGAUUCUUUUUGAAGAUCUAUCAGCACGUCGAGCCUCCACAAGCUGAACUCAUCAUCCAUUCCAUCAGAGAAGAUAAGCUUUGUCACCCUUCCGAAAACUUGGAUUGGGUCCAGCAUUGCCAUGAGUUGAUCGAGUGUUUUGUGCAACCCCGGAAACAAAGCUCAGAUAUCCGUAUUCUGGCGUUGGACACAUUGAAGGAAGCUUUGUCUGGGCAUGAGGCUUUGAUUUUCUCACCAGAGCAUGGUAUUCUAAACCUUUUGCUGAAGGAUUUCUCUUCGGAGCAUGAUCUUCUUUUCUUGGAAUCCCUGGUUUCAUUGUUGACGGACCCGGCGACCCAACACAGCGAUGACAGUACCUUUCAAUUACUUGUCAACACCAUUGCAGCACCAAUGGAGAAAGACGCGAACAAAGACGAGCCUCGGGAACCUGCUUCAAGUCACAACUCUUCGCGUCGAACCUCGACAACAAGUGUCUUGGAACUUAGCUUGGCAAAUGUAUGCUCCGUGGGCCUGGUCAAAAUGAUGCUUCGUGCCUUGAGCUCUUCUUCGGCGAAAGCUAUCAUGGCAUUUGAAGAACUUCUACAAAUCGCGCAAUCUCCCAACCGCCCGACAGACUCUCGUCUGACAGCCUUAAAGUUGCUUUUCCGUUUACGCUGUGAUUCAGCCGGUGCAGUCACAGUCAUCUCAACAUCAGAGAGUGAUUUUCUGAUGAACGUCUUGGGUCGUAACUUGGACGGUGGCUCCAAGUUACAAGCUCCAAAUGACAGUCCUUCUCGCGACAUGCCGCAGCAUGACAACCUUCCGGUCUCACCUACCACAAAACUCCCGAUAAGAGAAGUCACACCUAGUCUUGCUUCAAAAUCGGCUCCCAGGGGCUCUGUUUCUGCUCGUGGCUCUAAAUUGACCGCUCCCGUGUGGACGCAUGCUUUGCCCCAGGUACUUCCUGAACAGCCCCCUGGUGAAUCCAGUCCGGUGGUCUUUGCCCAUGCUCCGCCUGAGGAAAUUACUUCCCCUGAUGCGACUGAGCCUUCCGAGUCCACACCAGUGGAUCCAAAAGCAACAGGUCUCUUAAAGGUCAAGAUGUGGCUCGAGCUUGUUAUCACCUUGCUCCAGCGGGAGCCUGAUUGGGACGUCUACAGUUAUGUUCUGACUCAUCUUGGCCCUCAGCUUGGCAACAAGGAUUUCUUCAAGGAUGCCAUCCCCCAGGUCACACUUCUCCGCAGUAUCUUAUGCGAUCAAGUCAAGAAUGGGACUUUCCACGAGCCACCAGAGACUACUGGCCUCAAAAAGAGCGAUGUGGCAGCAUGUAUUUUCGAUGCACUUUGCAUGCUCGUCAGCUAUCACGAUCAUUUUGCGAAAAGCGAAAAGGAUGACUUGGUCCGAGCAUUCAUGCAGGGUAUCAUUGGUUCGUGGGGAGGUACCUCGCGUGGGUGUAUUCAGGCAUUGUCACUUUGCUGCUAUGAGAUCCCAAUGUCCGUGACUAAAUCGCUGACUAGCAUUCUUGAUCGGAUGUCAAAGGUGAUCACCAUGUCCAAUGUUGCCGUUCACAUAUUGGAAUUCCUGGCUCUUCUGGCUCGGCUGCCUGAUGUUUACGUCAAUUUGCGUGAGGAAGAGAUCCGAACUGUAUUCGGCAUCUGCAUCCGCUUUUUGCAGACCUCCAGGGAACAACGUUACAGAGCAUCAGAGGCGGCUUUGCGGGCCUCUCAACCAGGUCCUCAGUCAGCUCAGUCUCCUCAGUCCAGAUUGAGUGCUGGCUCAAAAGAGAUCGCUGCUCAUGCAGCCGAAGCUAUGGAGUCUUCGCAGGAUGGUAUGGCCAAGUACAUUGCAAACCUCACUUAUCAUGUGAUGAUUUUCUGGUUCUUGUCUUUGAAACUUCAAGAUAGACCUAAGCACGUGAACUGGAUCACUAGCAGGUUCAUCUACCGUGACGAACAUGGCAAAGAAGUGGUUGAGGAGCAAAGCCAGGUCCUCAUUGAUCUGAUGCAGCGAGUUGCUUACUCUGAUCUCGGAGAGACUGUUCCUUUCGAUAACUUCCCUCCCUCAUCUGAUGAUGGCCCAGUUUCCAAGAAGUCCUGGGUGUUAGGUAUGAGCAUUGUGACCGUUGAAAGUGCUGGUUGCUCCGGCUUGUCUCAAAUUACCAAACGACAGGCAUCCGGCACCACAUAUUCUGUCUACCAACAACGGACGGCCCCGGUUCUCCCGCAUCAGGUCCCUCCAACGCCAGACUCCCACUUGCAUUCUGACUCUAUGCCAACGGCUGUUCUUCCAAGUCAUAUCAUGCUUCAAUUGACCGCCACCGCAUUCCCCACCCCCACAGUCAUGCAGCCUAUCCCGGUUCCCGAGGACGAUAUCACGCGCCGAGCCAUUGGUAACUUUGAUCGAACUGAUAUCGUUGACGGACACCGGAUUGGAAUUGUCUACCUCGACAACGGCCAGACCACGGAGGCAGACAUUUUGGCAAACACAGGUGGCUCUGCUGAUUACGAACACAUGCUGUCUGGUUUGGGAACCAAGGUGUCUCUCCGAAACCCCCAAUUCAACCCACAGGGAUUGUACGCCGACACGGAUGGAGAAACCACCUAUGCCUGGCGCGAUCGUGUCACUGAGAUCGUCUACCAUGUUGCCACGAUGAUGCCUACAGAUCUUGAACGCGAUCCAGCCUGUAUCAACAAAAAGCGAAACAUUGGCAACAAUCACGUCACCAUUGUAUUCAAUCGCUCCAACCUUCCCUUCAAUUUCGACACGAUCCCAUCCGAGUUCAACUCAAUCAAUAUCGUCAUCACUCCCUCGUCUCGGAUUGCUUACGACGAAAGUGGCGGUGCUAAUGGCGAAGCUGAUCCGCAAAAGCUAUACUAUAGCGUGCAAGUUAUCAGCAAGCCUGGUUUCCCCGACGUGUCACCUGCAGCAACCCCCAAAAUCAUUUCUGGCAAGAAUCUGGCAGCCUUUGUUCGCAUUCUCGCCCUGAAUGCUUCCGUCUUCUCUCUCGUCUGGAGCAACAAAGGUGGCGAGCAUACAACCUCCUGGCGCACACGCUUGCGAGAGAUCAAAAAGGUCCGCGAGCGAGCACUCGCGGCACAAGCUCAAUCUUUCGAGGCUGCCGAGGGCGCCUAUCCUGGUCAACGGCGAAACACGAAGCCGAAUAUCUUCUCGGAGGAACUGCCAUCGCGCGCCCCGAUCCAAACUGAUUUCGCUGCGGAAUGGAACGCAGCUGCAGACACAAACAUCCUCCAGAAUUUGGAUUUCUCCCGCUGGUCACGUUGA